AUGCCGCGCAAUCUCGAGAAAAAACCAGAUGGCCCGACACAAGAAGAUGUGCUCCUCCUUAGUAUGAAGAAGGCCGUUCGUAAUAUCACCUUGUUCAAGAAUCAAAAACGCAGCAUUCUUCUAAAGUGUGGCUGGAGGGAGAUACGGAUUCAUGCCGACCCAUUUCGCGGUUUAUUUAGCGAGGCACAUUUUUUGAAGCUGAACGAUGAAGGUGUCACACCGGAGGUCAGAGGCGUUAUAAUCGAGCAUCUGCCACGUUUGGUGUUGUUUCUAUACACGCAAAGCUACAUGACGGAGGAAGAAAAGGCCGGUGAGAUGACGUCGAAGACCGGACGGGCCAGGGAGGAUGUAGAAAUGGGAAUUCAUGCAACUGCGAUGCUAAUCGGACACACCCUUGGUAUUGAGGCGCUCACAAUGCUUGCGGCAGGGAGCUUUCCCUCGAGCUCGGACUAUGGCUACCAGGGUGCCGACUAUUGGAAGGGGGUCUUGAUGGAGAAGCCGCAUGAAAUUGUCAAUUUGGCACGAAGGGCGGGUGGUUCGCCUGCCGUGUCUCUAUCUUCCGGGUUUGCGAAGAUUAAGAAAUCCCCUUUGUUGCCCUUCAACGAAAACAUGGGACCCGUUAAUGACAGCAUGUCGGGUUAUAACGAGAACACGUUGCCUGUUUAUGACAACAAAUCGCCGUAUAACGAGAAUAUAUUGCCCUACAACGAGAAUAUGGCGCCCGUUAAUGACAACAUAUGGCCUCUUAACGACAACAUAUCGCCGUAUAACGAGAACACGUUGCCUGUUAAUGAGAAUAUGUCACCUGUCAAUCAAAACAUAUCGCCCGUCAACGAGAACACCACUUGGUACAGCCACAAUGCCAUGGAUAACUUUGAGGUAUUCAGUUCGCUUCCUUCAUGUCCGCAAGGUUGGGACUGUGGCGCUGGGUUGACAGUACCUGACGGCGACGCUCACUCCUCGGAAUUUGAGCAUCCCAAUCCUGAGCCAGAAUGGGCGCCAUACGAACCAGAGGUGCCAGGCGGCAAUCGACCAGCCACAGGCUCGCUCGCGCACGAGGACAAACAGCCGAGGAAGAGCAAAAAAGGAGAGAAGAGCCAAAGAGACGAGAGGAGCAAAAGUAAAGAGAGGAGCAAAAAAGAAGAGAGGAGCAAAAAAAGAGAGAACAGCAAAAAAGAAGAGAGGAGCAAAAGAGAAGAGAGGAGCAAAAAAGAGAAGAAGAGAGCGUAUAUUGAGGGGUGGCAAGGUGCAUGA